ACAACCCUUCCCGUUGAAGAAUGACAACUUCCUUUCGCGAGUAAUCUUAAAGGCGUCAUAUCCGUUAAAAACAACAAUAAAGUCCUAUGUGUUGCUAUGGAGGGCUCCAAGUCCUCUAGUACCACCAUGCAGGUCAGCUUUGUGUGUCAGCGCUGCAGUCAGCCUCUAAAGCUGGAUACAUCCUUCAAUGUGCUCGACCGUGUCACCAUCCAGGAACUUAUUGCUCCUCUGGUCACAGUGACACCAAGCAAGCAGACAGAAAGCAAUGAGGCGGAAAGUGCUCCAGAGGAAACCUUUGUGGAAACAAAGCAAGAUGGAGUCGCAAGAAAAUACAUCCCUCCUGCAAGGAUGAUGUCCACAGAGAGCGCCAACAGCUUCACUCUGAUUGGAGAAGCGUCGGACGGAGGCACUAUGGAGAACCUCAGUCGGAGGCUGAAGGUGACAAGCGAUCUGUUUGACAUCAUGUCGGGCCAGACCGACGUAGACCACCCGCUGUGCGAGGAGUGUACCGACACCCUGCUAGACCACCUGGACACGCAGCUCAACAUCACAGAGAAUGAGUGCCAGAACUACAAGAACUGCCUGGAGCUGCUGUCCCAGCUGAAGGAGGAGGAGGAGGACAGCCUGUUGCUGGAGCUCCAGAAACUGGGUGAGGAGGAGUCGUCACUGGUGGGGGAGCUGGAGGCGGUGGAAGAGCAGAGGGCUGCCGUGGCCGAGGACCUGGUCCAGGGACGCAGCCACUCCCAGCAGCUAGACACUGAGGAACUGCAGUACCAGAAGGAGUACAGUGAGUUCAAGCGGCAGCAGCUGGAGCUGGAUGACGAGCUGAAGAGUGUGGACAACCAGAUGCGAUACUGCCAGAUUCAACUGGACCGCCUGAAGAAGACCAACGUCUUCAACGCCACCUUCCACAUCUGGCACAGUGGCCAGUUUGGCACCAUCAAUAACUUCCGUCUGGGCCGACUACCCAGUGUCCCCGUCGAAUGGAACGAGAUCAACGCCGCCUGGGGUCAGACCGUGCUACUGCUCCACGCCCUAGCCAACAAGAUGGGGCUACGCUUCCAGAGAUACCGCCUGGUCCCAUAUGGAAACCACUCUUACCUGGAGUCACUUACAGACAAGUCCAAGGAGCUACCACUGUACUGUUCAGGGGGUCUGCGCUUCUUCUGGGACAACAAGUUUGACCAUGCCAUGGUGGCCUUCCUGGACUGUGUGCAGCAGUUCAAGGAGGAGGUGGAGAAGGGAGACACGGGAUUCUGCCUGCCCUACAGGAUGGAUGUCGAGAAGGGCAAGAUUGAGGACACGGGAGGCAGCAGCGGCUCCUACUCCAUCAAGACCCAGUUCAACUCGGAGGAGCAGUGGACCGAGGCGCUCAAGUUCAUGUUGACCAACCUCAAGUGGGGUCUGGCGUGGGUGUCGUCUCAGUUUUACAACCGAUAGAGGAGGAAGAUGAGGACUCACCCUGGGUGUGCCCCUUKACCCUUCURAAACCACAAUUUCRUCACAAUGUGUGACUCUGUAAAGUAGUUCUUCUGCAAUGCUCUYCUUGCUUCCCUAUGAUGUUUUGAGAGGGUGGGGAGAAGACUGGAGGAAGGACUUUUGAGAUUYACCACUGGUGUGAGUUCCAAUCCAAUUAGUCUUGUUUCCUUGUUUGAUUUCCAUAUUGACCAUAUGAAAGGACAAAAUAAAAACUGUUAAAUUGUACACAUUCAAGUCCACCUAGACUCAUAGGUGUUAUGAAGAGAGCUAUCUGAGACUUUUGGAGCACAUUCCAGGAUUGAGUCCUAAUAGUAGCUAAGUGGCUUCUGGUUGUGUCUUUUCCAUCAUAUGCACAUAUCUUAUGACACUGGAUAGGGGAAAGCUGUUGUUUCCAAUUGACCUGUUCAAUUCUUAAAGAUCAGUACACAUGAAGGGAAGGAGAGAAGGACACGUUGAACUACUGAGAUGCAGCACUGGAAUGGGUUCUWAUGUAUCACAAGCUUCUUACUUUGCUCCAGAAGCAAAUCUAGAGUCACGAAUCUGGUUUUCUGCCAAUUUACUUCAAUUGGAUUGUAUCUUAGUGGUUCAACUCCACUCUAGCCACAGAAUACUGUACAUUUAUGUUYUAAUAGUUUUUCUUUUACUGUGCUGACAAGGUAAAGAUGGUUUAAUUUCACCAUGCGUUGGAACAGGAUUGGAACGUUUGCCUUGUCUGUUCUCUUGUCUCCCCACUCGCAGGGCGCUCGAAGUGUCUACCGAAAGCUUUGGCAUUGGGAUUAUGCUGUGCUUUUGUUCAUUGGCAAAUUCAACAAGGCAAUCCUUUUACUACAAGUGACUUCUUGGUGUAGAUUUAAAUGUAGACAAKGAGGCUUGUGGCAGUAUUUAAUGCCCGUAUCACUGUAUGAUUUGGUUUUUCAGGUUCAUUACACAUAUGAACAUGCCAAUAACGGACCCACACAGAACGCCUUACGUAAAAGGAUAUUUCCAAUUCUAACAUUUGUAUAAAAAAGGUCAUCAAAAUGUAGAGACAGAUAGAUUGAUUGAUUGACUACGUAAGAAGCCAAUUUAAGUCAAAACUAACUGGGGUGCUCUUGAACAUAGAAUGUCGUCUUGGUAAGCAACUCCAGUGUAUAUUUGGCCUUGUGUUUUAGGUUAUAGUCCUGGUAAAAGUUGAAUAUCUCAGUGUCUAAAGCAGACUGAACCAGGUURUCCUCUAGGAUUGUGCCUGUGCUUAGCGCUAUUCUGUUUAUUUUCAUCAUAAACAUCCUUGCCGAUGACAGGCAUGUAGCCACCACCAUGCUUGAAAAGUUGAAGAGUGGUACUCGUUGUUGGAUUUUCUCCAAAUAUAAUGCUUUGUAUUCAGGACAUAAAGAUAAGUUCACUACCACA